AGCCAUGGCUCCUCCUGCUGGUCCGGGAGAGAGGACUCUAAAAGAGACGCCGACAUGGACUGUGGCGGCCGUCUGUGCAGUUUUCAUACUCAUGUCUCUAAUCAUGGAACAUGGAAUUCAUGCUCUGGAAAAGUGGUUCAAGAAACGCCAUAAAAAAGCCAUGAUUGAAGCUUUGGAGAAAAUCAAAGCAGAGCUAAUGCUGUUGGGGUUCAUAUCUUUACUACUCACUGUGGGAACUCGAUAUCUUCCAAAGAUAUGCGUCCCUGCAAGUAUUGCAGACACGAUGCUUCCAUGCAACUCAAAGGGCCAUAACUAUUAUGAUGACGGGGAGAAGAGCGGCGAUGAUGAAGAUAAAGGAGGAGGCGAGAAAGACGGUGACCGACGGAAGUUACUUUCGUAUGCCGAAAACAUGAUAUGGCGUCGAGUCUUAGCUCCCAGUGGAGAUUCCGGUUCUUGUUCAUACGGUAAAGUGCCGUUGAUAUCAAUAUCUGGAAUGCACCAGUUACAUAUAUUCAUCUUCGUGCUUGCUGUUUUUCAUGUUCUCUACAGUGUCCUCACUAUGGCACUUGCCAAGGCUAAAAUGAAGAAAUGGAAGGCCUGGGAAUCUGAGACAACGUCCUUAGAAUACCAAUUUACAAAUGAUCCUGCAAGGUUUAGAUUUACUCGUCAAACAUCGUUUGUGAGGCGACACUCGGGCUUUUCUACAACACCUGGAAUUAGAUGGAUCGUGGCAUUCUUCAGGCAAUUUUUCGGUUCGGUGACAAAGGUGGACUAUCUGACCAUGCGCCAUGGAUUUAUAAAUGCACAUCUUGCUCCAAAUAGCAAAUUUGACUUCCAUAAGUACAUCAAGAGAUCUAUGGAAGAUGACUUUAAGGUGGUCGUGGGUAUAAGUGUACCACUAUGGAUUUUCGCGGUCGUCUUUUUGCUUCUAAACGUCUACAAUUGGUACACGCUCACUUGGCUAUCAUUGGCGCCGCUCAUUAUUCUUUUGAUGGUGGGUACAAAGUUCGAACUUAUCAUAAUGGAGUUGGCUCAAGAAAUGCACGAUCGAAAUACAGUUGUUAAAGGGGCUCCAGUAGUAGAGCCAAACAAUAAGUACUUUUGGUUUAAUCGACCCGAGUGGAUUCUCUACUUGAUACAUUUCACACUAUUUCAGAACGCAUUCCAAAUGGCGUACUUCUUGUGGACAUCUUCUGAAUUUGGCUUCAGUUCAUGCUUCCACGAAAACUUGCCUCUUCUAAUCACCAGGGUGUGCCUUGGAGUUGCCCUACAAUUCCUAUGCAGUUACAUUACCUUCCCUCUUUAUGCUUUGAUCACACAAAUGGGAUCUCACAUGAAGACAGCAAUUUUCGAGGAGCAAACAGCAAAAGCUCUCAAGAAUUGGCAGAAAGCCGCAAAAAAUCGUAAGAAGUUACGGAACAAAGGAGGCGAUACUUCUGUUAAUUCAUUUAUGAGCCCGGAAAAUACACCAAGCCGGGGUUCGUCACCAAUGCACCUCCUCCACAAUCAGAAGCACAGGUCUAAUCAAUCGGAUCUUGAAAGUGUCCUUAACUCCCCGACAUCGGCUGUUUCUUACCAAUCUGAUACCGAUUUAUCUGAGAUGGAGGGAGGCUCUUCACAUGGUCGGAGCAGUAUUAAUGUUUUACGAAGAGAAGAUCAUCAUCGAUCUGAAGGGGAAGAAGGAAUACAUAACAUGGAUUUUUCCUUUGUCCAGCCUUGAAUUUAAUUUAUUAGAAAGAUUAAUUAUUGUUAUC